UUCAACAAUGCUAUAUAAUAAAAUCCACCAGCUAAAAGUCUUUUCUUCUCAUCCUAAACCACUAAUAAAGAAGAAGAAGAAGAAGAAGAAGGAGAAGAAAAAGAAGAAGGAGAAGGAGAAGGAGAAGGAUUCUACCAUCUUCUUCUUCUUGAUCCGUCAUGGGAUCUCAAGUCUCUAAACAGUUGCAGAGGCGUAAAGCUCUGUCAACUGAGGAGAAAACUCUGGUCGAUCUAUGCAAAAACUCCGGCUGCGAGUUCCCCGGCUGCGACUAUCGUCCUCCAGAUCGGAAAAACUGGAUGGCAGGCCUCAACGCAGAAAAGGUUCACGUAAACAAGAUCGUCUGGCCUGGAACCCAUGAUUCUGCAACCAACAAAAUUGGCAUUCCCAUGGUGUCUCGCCCUUUUGCUCAAUGCCAAUCACUUUCCAUCUACCGACAGCUCGCGGUAGGCGCCCGAGUUCUCGACGUCCGAGUCCAGGAGGAUCGCCGCGUGUGCCAUGGAAUCCUCAAAACGUACAGCAUUGACGUCGUCAUCAACGACAUCAAGAAGUUCUUGUCGGAGACCGAAUCAGAGAUCAUAAUUCUCGAAAUCCGGACUGAGUUUGGCCAUGAAGACCCUCCCGAGUUCGACAAGUACUUAGAGGAGCAACUCGGCGAGUUCCUGAUUCAUCAGGACGAUCACGUGUUUAACAAGACGAUUGCGGAGGUGUUGCCGAAGAGGAUAAUAUGUGUUUGGAAGCCGAGAAAAUCUCCUCAGCCCAAGAAAGGAGGACCCUUGUGGAGUGCUGGGUAUCUGAAAGAUAAUUGGAUUGACACUGACUUGCCAUCAACAAAGUUUGAUAGUAACCUGAAGCAUUUAAGCGAGCAAGCACCGGUUUCGUCAAGAAAAUAUUUUUACAGGGUAGAAAACACAGUGACUCCACAGGCUGAUAACCCUGUUCUGUGUGUUAAACCAGUGACAGGGAGGAUUCAUGGGCAUGCUCGGCUGUUCAUAGCUCAGUGUUUUUCAAAGGGAUGCGCCGAUCGGCUGCAGAUCUUCUCUACAGAUUUCAUUGAUGGAGAUUUUGUUGAUGCUUGUGUUGGAAUUACACAUGCAAAGGUUGAAGGAAAAGCAUAGUCGUAUAUUUCAUGUAUAUACACGUACGUGUUUGGAUCUUUCUGGUGUAAAUCUUGAUUUUCUUUCUUUAAUUUGAGUGUUUGCAUCCAAGAAAACUUGAACUUCUCCAUGGCUGAUAGGUUAAAUUGGUUUUCUUGUUUGUUUGUUUGUUCCCUUAGAGUUAUCUUUUGUUGCUUCUUUGAUACAUGGUGUAAAAAACCGAGUGGUGUAGAUUUAAUUUUUCAUUUGUGCAAUGGAGAGAUAGCUCUGGUUGAUUCA